AUGGUGAAAUUCAAUCCUUUGCAAAUAGUAGGGAGAGAAAAGAUAAAAAUCCGCUAUCAGAGCUCUGAUAAUUUGAUUUGCGAGGAUACUCCCCAAUUUAUUGAGACUCGAUGCAAAUGUUGCGGGACAUUAUUGCGCCAUCCACUUAACGAGUAUAAAUUCAAAUGCACUAUAUGCGAGGUCACUAUUAUAUUAAAAUCCAAGUCGAAUCCAAGCUCCAACUCCAACUCACCUGGCGGCUUAAGCGGAGGGAGGAGACCUAACCCUUCUUUUAUAGAGUUUUCUGAUCUUGUUAAACAGUGCCGGGAGCUUUAUGAACGUGAUUAUAGCAACACUAAUGUAUCAUCCCAACAACGAUUUCAGUACUUCAUUCCGGUUGAAAAGUAUAUCAGUGAGAAUUUCGGCAGUGCAGAGGCGUUGAAUCGUUGUUUCCGACCUGUCGUGAGGGAUCAGAUUAUUGAUUAUGAACGUACUGUGGCUUUUUAUAAUUUGAUAGGGUCCAUACCGACAAAAAGACCAUUAUAUUUAAUGCUACGGGUAUUCGACGAGAUACUAAAGAGACCUAAAAUAAGGUUAAAGAGAUUGGAUGACUAUUUGUUUAUAUUCUUUAUUAUGGAGCUUCCAUCGUUAAGACAUUGUGUCAAUAACAGCCAUACUAUUUCAAAAUCCCCUAAAGUGAAAGACUUAUCAUACAGUAUAUUGAAGAGGUGCAUCGGAUAUUUGGGUUCUAUGGAUCCUAAGUUAAAGGUGAAACUAACCUCAAAUUUAGUGAAUCUACGUCCGGGGAAAUUUCAGAAACAAUGGGAGUUACUAAACAUAUAUUUAACCUAUCAAUUCCUGAAGCUAGGGCCUGGUCCAAGAACACAGCCUACAAAAAUAAACUUUGCGGGAAUGGUUCCUAAUGAACCAUCGCCACGCGAUGAGAGCAAAGAAAAUGCUGCAGGUUAUUUCUUUCAUUCGGGGCGACUGAAGAUUCCGCUGGAAAGUAGAUUUAGAAUCGAAAAAUACGGCAUUGAUUGGCACAUCACCACCGUGUGUCAAUUAAUGAAGAUUUAUUUUGAGGCCCACUGCAGAAAGCCCAAAGGCGAUAUUUCAAUGUUUUACAAUAUGGUGGUAGACUUUAUUGACUACAAGAGAGAUUUUAUUACGUGGCAUAAGAUGAAUCGGGAACAAUGGAAAACACUUGAAGAAUUAGAACUAAUGCAAACCCAUGAAACAAGGUACACUACCAUAUGCCAGUAUCCUUUCCUUAUGUCACUAGGAGUGAAGAUUGCGGUGAUGGAAUUCGAAACAGGAAAAAUGAUGGAACACAAUGCCGAGCAGGCAUUUUUGAAAGCAUUGGAUUCUAAGCGGCUAUACGAUGUUCAUUUUAGGGUAAAGGUAAGACGAACACACGUGACUCAAGAUUCCUUACUGUCUAUUCAGCGCCAUCCCCACGAUUUAAAGAAGUCCUUAAGAGUAGAGUUUGCAAACGAACCUGGGAUCGAUGCUGGUGGAUUGAAAAAAGAGUGGUUUUUACUACUAACUCGUGAACUCUUUCACCCAAACCAUGGUUUGUUUCAAUAUGUAGAGGAGAGCCGCUUGUCGUGGUUUGCGUAUGGAACAUCAGGGUUGAAAUUGCAUGGGGAAAGCAACACACAGUUAUAUUACUUGUUUGGAGUAGUUUUGGGGCUCGCAAUAUAUAAUAGCACCAUAUUGGAUGUCCAUUUUGCCAAGGCGCUAUACAAAAAGCUCUGUCACGAGAAAUUGGAAUUUAAAGACUAUGAGGAGUUGUAUCCAGAAACAGCCAGAAACUUACAGAAGAUGUUGGAUUAUGAGGAACCAGAUUUUGAAGAUGUUUUUGGGUUAACAUUUGAGACCACUUAUUUUGACAUUCUAAGCGCAAAAUCAAUUACGAAACCUCUAUGUUCAGGUGGUGAAUCAAUUCCUGUCACUUUACAAAAUAAACGUGAAUUCGUGGAUAAAUGGGUCAAAUUCUACAUGGAGGAUGAGGUGGCCGCUAGUUUCAGUUCCUUCCAGUCCGGAUUCUCAAGAGUAAUAGGAGAUGGAUUAGCUUUUCCUAUGUUCCGAAGUUGCGAGGUCGAAAGGCUCAUUUGUGGCAGUAUCGAACAAGACAUGGACUUUACGCAACUAAGAGCUGUCACCAAGUAUCACGGGGGAUAUAAUGAUAAAACGCCUAUUAUAGAAUGGCUCUGGGAGCUACUACCUCAACUAGAGCACGAGAAACAACAAAGGUUCCUUCACUUUGUCACGGGCAGUGACAGAGUGCCAGUAACAGGACUUGCGACCUUACCUUUCAAGAUUACCCGCACAGUAACCGGGGCUGACACUCAGUUACCUACUGCCCACACAUGCUUUAACGAGUUGUGUUUGUACGAGUACGGAUCACGUGAUGAUCUUAAAAACAGGCUACUCAUUGCCCUUGAACUAUAUGAGGGGUAUGGGUUUAAGUAG